AUGUCUGUUUGUCGAUUGCAGUUGAUAGCUUCAUUAAUGUUUUUCGAAUUAGUGUCAUCGAAUUUGUAUAAGGAGCCCCUGUGGAACUAUGAUGACGAAACUAACUGGCCGGGCCUGAACUGCAAGGAAGGAGGCAAGAGGCAGUCCCCCAUCGACAUCCGGACCACUGACGUCAUCAAAGACUACACGAAGAAAUUCAUCAAGUAUGGCUCCCUCAAGCUGAACGGCUACCACCGAGUGCUGGUCUCCGGGAUUAACAAUGGACAUACUGUGCAAUUCAGCACUGAAGGCGAAGAGGCUAUCCACCCCACGGUGACAGGAGGCCCCCUGGAGCACCGCUAUCGGCUCGAGCAGCUGCACUUCCACUGGCUGUCCGAGCACUCCGUCAACGGGAAUAAGUACCCCAUGGAGAUACACUUCGUACACGUCAGAGCCGACCUGGCAGUGGGCGACGCACUCGGCAGUAAGGACGGCCUGGCAAUACUCUCUGUUUUCUGCAAUGUGCAAGCGGAACUGGACGAUCGCCAAGAAGAGGCGUCUGCAGAAAUAAUGCAGUACAUCCCGAAGCUGCUGGACACUGGAGACCGUAUCAGCGGAGUCCUGUUGGAUAUGACGAAGCUGAUGAGCCCGAACCUGGGAUCCUAUUACACGUACGCUGGGUCGCUGACCUCACCGGAAUGCAACGAAGCAGUCAUCUGGAUCAUAUUCGACACACCAAUAUAUUUCUCGGAUUCUGACUACCGCAAGUUCGGCAAGGUGGGCGUCGGACGGCACAACUUCCGCAGUCUGCAACGGCUCAACCACCACCUGGUGUUCCAGCCGGUCGACUCGCACAUCAACACGCCGCAGAUCGUCAGAAUAUUCGACGAAGCCUUCAAAAUGUUCGCGGAAUUCUUCAGAAACAUCAAUGCAUUCAUGUCAAACGGACUGAGAACAUCAUAGGGUAAUGAAAGUAGAACAUCCAGGAAUGCAGACUCUAGAUAAACAUUUUAUUACCGUGUAAAUGCAAUAAUUCAGUCGAGAAGUUCAAUACAAAUUUAUCUUUGUCUACUUUUAAUGGAUUCAAAAUGGCGGCGAUUAACAGGGGUACCCAUAGCAUGCAACAAAAAUAUAAUUUUACUCUUAAUAUUUGAGGGACUGUUAUCUUACUACUACUAAGAUAUCACUGCUAUAGGGCGCGGCAAACUUCUUGAGCAUAGCCACAGACAAAUAAACUUGCGCAGUAGACGUUAUUGUAUGUAAAAUUGCUGCAACGCAUGCUUACUUGUCUAUGGUCGUUGCUCAAGAAGUUUGCUGGGCUGUAUACCCAUGCGGGCAUAUAAGAUUAU